AUGGAGCUGCAAACAAAGCUAGGCAAAAUCAGGGGACGACUGUGGAAUGUUAGCGAAGAGAUCAAAUCAAAGGAUGGAGAAUUGCAUUUGGAAGUCGCCAAUUUCAAUAAAAUCCCCUUUGCCAAGAGCCCACGCUUAGCAAAGCCGGUAUCUUACGGUAAAUGGGACGAGACGAUAGAUGGGACUGGAAACACUCCAAUGUGCCCUCAGUAUGACGGAUUCAUCGACAAAAUUGAUCGAAUGGAAGGACAGACUUUUAUUAAUCGCCCAAUGUUCGACAAAUUGGUGGCUGAAACGGAAACCAAUGACGAAGUAUUACAUCUCAGUGUCUAUACUCCUUCAAACUUUCAAUCAUCUACAAAGAAGAAACCAGUUAUGGUAUUUUUCUACGGUGGUGGUUUUCUUUGCGGAGGAGCAUACCUUUACAAUGCAGCACCACUUGUUGCGGUCGGAGACUGUGUCGUUGUGGUUGUCAGCUACCGACUUAACAUGCUAGGCUUCCUUGGGGGGAACUGGGGUCUAUGGGAUCAGCUGGAAUCGCUGAAAUGGGUCAAGGCGAAUAUUGGCGACUAUGGAGGAGAUCGUGAUAAUGUCACUAUUUUUGGUGAGUCUGCUGGUUCUUGGUCAGUCGAGUGUCAUCUUAUGUCGGAAAAAUCUACGGGUCUCUUUCAUCGAGCUAUCUGCCAGUCCGGAAGUAUUCAAAUUCUGAAGCCGAAGCCAGAAGUACGGGCCGCCAUGAAAUUCGCGCAAGAUCACUUUGGAGUUAACGACUUCGACUGCCUCAAAGCAAAAGUGAAGAAAGCGUCCGUCAAGGAGCUUGUCGAGUUUUAUGCCAAGGUCCCAAAAGGCAUGGAUGAAAUGUUCAGAACCUUAUCUGCUGAUGACGGUUUCUUUCCAAACGCCCCGUGGGAAAUGAAAGAGUUCGUCAACAAGGUCCCCGUCUUAGCGGGCAAAAAUCAAGCUGAGAUGGGCGCUAUGCUUCUCAUCUUCUUCGAAGACAUGAUUCCCGGGCUAUCAAAAGGCAUCUCAAAAGCAGCCUUGAAGGGUGUCAUUCAUCAUGGAGUCGCGAAACUGGUACCAGACGAAGCAAAAGCAGCUGAAAUCGCAGAGAAAACUUUGCAGUCCUGGCUUAAAAUUUACCUGGAGGAUACAAACGACCCAAUCACAUACACUAGAAUCUUACUGUCUUCAAUGGCUGACCAGUUUUUCUACGGAGUUGUCGAUCGGAUGGAAAACAACAGCGAGUUGCAGGACAUGUACUUGUACGAGAUGGACUCGCGAACCGAGAUGUUCCACGACAACGAAUUUCAUGGAAACUCGCCCAACUUUCGACCUGAUUUCGUGAGAACGGAUCACUUCGACGACAUUUGCUAUGUGUAUGGAUUCGCGUUUCUCCCUGAAUUCUAUCUGCUCGCAGAGGGAGCUUCCUUCACUGAGCAAGAGAAAGAGUUCGCUAGGAGAAUCAUGAAGAUUUGGAGUAAUUUUGCGAUGACAGGAACUCCCGGCUGGAACAAAUACGACAAAUCGAAGAAACUCUGCAAUGUUCUUAAUAAAGAAGGCGACAGGCUACGAUCUGGCAACGAUCCGAUGCUCAUUGCUCGUCACAAUCUUUGGAAAACUUCUGUUUACGGAGCUCAAUGA